AUGUACAAGAUCGGAAACAUCUACUUCAUCGCCGCCGUUGCUGUGGUCGGCGGUGCUCUAUUCGGCUUUGAUAUCAGCUCCAUGUCUGCCAUCAUUUCCACGCCAGCCUACCUCUGCUACUUUAAUCAAGGUCCCCUAUAUCACGACAUAGACGGCAUAUGCUCGGGUCCAAGAGCCAGUGUGCAGGGUGGAAUCACGGCCGCCAUGCCUGGAGGCUCUUGGAUGGGUGCAAUCCUCUCGGGCUUCAUCUCCGACAGAUUGGGACGCAAAAAGGCUAUUGAGACUGGAGCUAUUGUAUGUUACUGCGACCUGGAAUCGGUGCCAAUAUUUUUGGAUCCAAUCGCUCACAACAUUAGGUGUAUCGGCUCUAUAAUUGUCUGCGCAUCUCAGAACAUCCCCAUGCUAAUAAUUGGUCGUUUCAUCAAUGGAAUCUCUGUCGGUCUAUGUUCUGCACAAGUACCCGUCUACAUUACCGAGAUAGCACCGCCUUCCAAGCGUGGUCGGCUUGUCGGAAGCCAGCAAUGGGCCAUAACCUGGGGAAUCCUCAUCAUGUUUUACAUUUCAUACGGAUGUUCAUUCAUAAAAGGAACCUCAGCCUUUCGUAUUCCCUGGGGCUUACAAAUGCUACCCGCCAUCUUCCUAUUUAUUGGCUUGCUAUUUCUACCUGAAUCCCCUCGAUGGCUUGCCAAAAAAGGCCGGUGGGAAGAAGUAUCUGAAAUCUUGACUCUUGUCCACGGGCGGGGCGAUGCUAACUCUCCCGUCGUCAUUUCGGAAAUGGCCGAAAUUCGUCAAGUAGUAGAGUUUGAGCAGUCAAUUGCUGAUGUUACAUAUAUGGAUUUGUUGAAGCCGGCUAUGAUCAACAGGACGCAUAUAGGUGUUUUUUGUCAAAUUUGGUCGCAACUUACGGGCAUGAAUGUUAUGAUGUACUACAUUACUUAUAUUUUUACAAUGGCGGGUCUAGGAUCGAAUGUCCUAUUGCCCUCCUCCAUUCAAUUUAUCCUAAAUGUCAUCAUGACUGUUCCUGCAAUUAUAUUUGUCGACAAGUGGGGCCGUCGCUCAACCCUCCUCACCGGCGCACUUCUCAUGAUGACUCUGCAUUUCAUAAAUGCCGGCCUAUUAGCCUCCUAUGGCCGAACACCGCGGCCUGGAGAAUUCGCAUCCGCUUCCGAGUCUAUCGCCAUCAAUGGACCGCCAUCAAAGGUUGUCAUCGCCUGCACAUAUCUAUUUGUAGCGGCCUAUGCAUCGACCUGGGGUCCAGUGUCUUGGGUUUACCCACCUGAAAUUUAUCCUCUCAACCUUCGUAGCAAAGCAGUUUCGGUAUCUACUUCUGCAAACUGGGCAUUCAACUUUGCCCUAGCUUACUUUGUACCGCCUGCGUUUGCCAAUAUACGAUGGAAAGUUUACCUAAUAUUUGGAAUAUUCUGUGCGGCAAUGUUUAUACAUGUCUUCUUCUUAUUCCCAGAAACGAGUCAAAAACCUCUCGAAGAGAUUGACGCUAUUUUCAACGAUACAUAUCCCGGCAGCAUACGUUAUAUUGGCGCGCCGGCUUGGAAAAAAUUUAGCGUAGAAAAGACGAGUGAGGAAGUCGAGAGUGGCAGUUCAGGGGUACAAAAUAAGGUGCGGCAAGAGCCCGCAAUGAGUGAAAGCGGGGCCAGUGGGGCUUAG